GAGGUUGCUUAUUCAUAACAAUGUUCGAAAAAAUUCAUAGUCUCAUUUUGUAGUUUUAGGUUGGCGUAGAACGUAACAUUAAUGAGACGUAACACAUGUUAGGAAUUCGUCUAGCCACUCUGCUUGAUCUAAGAAAACUGAUUUAACAUAUAUACGUUAAAUGCUUAAAAAAUUAUGCUUCUUUUUUGUCCAACAUGUGGUAAUGUACUCCAUGUUGAAGAGUAUACAGGACUAAGAUUUGCUUGUAACACUUGUCCUUAUAUUUUUAACAUAGCACGCAAAGUUAGUAGUCGUACUUAUCCAAAAUUAAAGGAAGUAGAUGAUGUGUUAGGCGGAAGUGCGGCAUGGGAAAAUGUUGAUUCUACAGAAGAACGUUGUCCAAAGUGUACAAAUCCACGUGCAUAUUUCAUGCAAAUACAGACAAGAUCAGCUGAUGAGCCUAUGACAACAUUCUAUAAAUGUUGUAAUUCACAAUGUGGUCACAAUUGGCGCGAUUAA